AUGGAGCCUGUUUUAGAAAAGGUCACCGAGAAGUGUGAACAAGUAAAAAAGGAGAUGAAGGCGUUUUCACACUUCAUUCAAGAGAUGUCCGUGGUUGAAGAUGAGACAAUGAAUGUAGAUGAGCGUAUAAAAGCAGCCGAAAUCGCAUUAGGUGAGUUUGGUGAGAAAGAGCAGAAGAAGGCAGAUGUUCGUAAAGUGUUAGUAGAGCUUCGCAAGGAGAUGGAGUGUGCUUUAGUUGAAAUAAUAAAUGAAGAGAAGCGGUGGCAAGGGGGUAGUGGGGAGUAUAACAGUAUAGUAAAACGAUUAUUACUGUUAGAGCGACAAAGUGCAGAAGAGCGUAAAAAGCCGUUAUUGACACAAAUAGAUGACAUAGAAAAAUCAUUUAAAGAGAAAGAGCAGCACUUACAAACGAUGUUAAAGCCGUUGCCCUUCAAUGGGUCUCUAGAAGAGGAUGAAGUCGAACAAAUUCAGAAGUGGAGUUUCCUUAAGAUCGAAUCGGUGAUCUUUGAUAGUAACUUAGACGACUGGAGUGUCAACAGUUCUGUCUUCAGUAAGAAAAUAGCUAACAAGAGUAAAGUUGCCGUAAUUGUUGAAGACAAAAAUGGAAACAAAUUUGGUGGUGUUGUGUUUAAUGCAAUUAGUGGCGUCGACGAGUGGAACACUGACCCAAGAGCUUUUCUCUUCACUUUAAAGUCCAACGGCCGCACCGAAGGAAUGGAAAAGUAUCAACUACUCCAUAAAUAUGCACAGUACGCUUUCCACUGUUUUACAGAUGACUACGAAGCACUCUUUUAUAUAUGUAAUGGUGGCAUCCAUGUAUUUAAAAAGGAUCAAGGGGGGAGUGGGUGCAAUUAUAAUAGAACGGAAAAUACACCAGAAAACGUGUUUUGCGACGGUGCAACAUUUACUCCAAAAAGAAUUACUGUUCUGCAACUUGCCUCACUUUGA